CGUGUCUCAAGAGAAAGCGUCCCUGGAUACCGGAGAACAAAAUGUUCAAGAUUGCAUCAAUUAAUGUAAGCAUUAUUAAACUACAUUGUCAAACAAGUAAAAUACAUUGUUCUUACCAAAAUGCAUUUUAUACCAUUGAGCAAAAUAAAGUACCGAAGUUAGUACAAGACCUGUAACAUGAAAAUGUAUGCAUCGUCUGCUCCACCUUGUUAUUGUAAAUUAUAAUCACGUGACAUAUAUGACGUGGCUUUCGCCAAUUUUUGAAACUAUGGAAUCGCAUAAGGGCUAUCUCUUAUAUCUGAUUCCUUGUGUUUUUUUAGGAUUUCACGUCACGUCAUAAAAAGCGCUAUCGAUCAUAUAGCCCUACUCAACUUAAAAAUGCAUAUGCAGAUGUCACUGAAAAGGGAACUUCUGUAUAUAAGGCUGCCAGGAUGUAUUCCGUUCCUGAACAAACACUCAGAGACAGAAUAUGCGGGAUUAUUUCCCCAGACACGACAAGGUCCGGACCUGGUCCAAUGUUUUCCUUGGAAGAAGAAAACAAACUGGCAGAACAUUUGAAGUUGAUGGCGUCUGUUGGCUAUGGCUACACAAGAGCGCAGGUUUUAAAUCUUGGAACCGACUAUGCCACCCAUUUAAACAAACGGCCACACGAUUGCAACUCUCUUUCUCUACAGUGGUUUUAUGGGUUCAUGGGAAGAUGGCCAGAAUUAAAGUUGAGACGACCCAAAUCCUUGUCAGAGCUUCGAGCCUACGCUACUUCAGAGGAAAGCAUAACGAAAUACUUUGAUGAACUGGAGACAAUUCUUGAAAAGUAUGACCUCAAAUCAUCUCCUGAAAACAUAUAUAACGUGGACGAGAAGGGAAUUAGUAUGACUCACGCACCUCCGUAUGUUGUAGGAUCUACAGACGAGGUUCCAAUUGAAAUAACGCCAGAAAGAUCAUCCACAGUCACUAUGAUAGGGUGUGGCAAUGCACUGGGUCAACAAAUCCCACCAUAUUUCAUUUUUCCUGGGGCUCGAAUGCGCCAAGAACUAUUAGAAGGAGCCACCAUUGGUACGAAUGGCACUGUUAGUAAGUCAGGAUGGUCCAAUUCAGACAUAUUUCAAACAUGGCUUGUAGAUCAUUUUGCGAAGUACGCAAAAGUUGGUGGAGAUAAGAAGACAUUAUUGUUGUAUGAUGGUCACAGAUCCCAUAUUUCACCUUAUUUGGUUGACUUUGCAGUGCGGAAUGGAAUCAUCCUGUUUGUUCUACCACCUCAUACAAGCCAUAUCCUUCAGCCGAUGGAUGUGGGUUGUUUUGGACCGUUUUCUAAAGUUUUCAUUGAUGAAUCUCGAAAAUGGCAACGUUCUCAUUCUGGAACUCUCACCCGCUACAAUGUCUGCUCUAUUGCAUGUCGAGCUUACGACAUCUCGCUGACUCCCAGGAAUCUUCAGAGUGCUUUCAGGAAGAGUGGGAUUUAUCCAUUUAACCCAACAGCAAUUGAUUCAUCUCUGUUGAAACCUGUUCAGUAUGCCAAAAAGAGAAGAGCUGAACAAUCUACAGAAACUGCGAGUAACAAUGCCGAUAUUUCUCAACCACAAGACAGAAACACUGUUAACAAUUUCUUUUCAAGUCACCUGCCAGUUGUACACCACGAUAAACCCAAUCAGUCUAAACCCAGGCGUUCAGUUCACAAGGUUGUUGGUGGAAAACCAAUUACAGAGCCAGAUGUAUCAUCCCAACUGUAUGAAUAUGUCUCUUCCUCUAAAAAACCCAAAGUUGUUUCUUCAAGAAAAACAAAAGCUGUAGCACCAAUCAAAAAAUCUAAUUCACCGCGGCCAGGGCCCUCAGGAGUUGAUAACGGGCUGAUAUCAAGUGACAACUUCUCGGAAUCGGAAACUGAAGAUGACGAAAAGUGUUGUGUUUGUGGGCUUUUUCAACCAGUUGAAUUAAAAAGAUGCACUUCACUGGUAUUUACUAUGUGGGGACAGUGCAUGUUCCAAAACUGUAAUCACUGGGUUCAUUUAAAAUACUGCUGUGAUGUACGAUGUCUACGACGACAUGACGUGUUUUUCUGCCCGUGUCAUGGCUUGCCAUGCAAGCAGGAAGAAUAAACAUACAUGUAUCUUUGAGCAGGUGUGAAGAAACCAGACCUGUAAAUAUGUUACAUUUACGUUGGACGUUUGUGUGUUUGGAUACAUGUUAAAUAUAAGUUAUAUUAUAACAAUGACUAACAUAUUUUGUGCUUCGAUUCUUUACGGAAAUUCCCACUUGGUUGCCAUCACUGGCCUGCCAUAGAUUGACUGAAUGACGUAUACCCCGAAUUGAUAGGUACGUCAUUAUGCAGACGGGUUUUCCAGAGGCCUCGACGGUGAUCAUGUGUCGGCAAUUUCCAUCGGGGAUGAAUUGAUUUUAUGUAGCAAAGUAUAGUAGGUCAUCAACCGAGAGCCAUAACUGGCUGCAUAGAGGUUUGUCAGCCAUGAUGGGACCAACUCUGUGAUCAUGACACGGAGACACGGCACAGGUUUACGAAACUAAAGAAUUAGUCACGCAAGAUCUACAAAGAAUGGUUGAACCUGCUCCCGAUGUUGGUGGGACUAUCAGCACAGCUGGAAUAUCAGUCUAGACACAUAUGCCCCAACUCCGAAUCUGCACUGAAGUCAGUGGUCGCGUGUUAACGUUAAGCGGAUGUAUGCAUGAUAUCAAACAGUAAAACGAAAUAAAAGGUGACACUCAACUUGCUGUAUCGAUUUACGUGGUGGUUUUUAAACGUUGUUUUUAACGAAAUUAAUAUAGUAAUCACUAUUGGUGACAAAUAAGGCACAGUUCAGGGUGUUUAACGUGCACAUUCAGAACAAGAUGUUAUAUAAGGCCCUAUUUUUGCUAAUAUCCAAUGGAGUAAUGCAGAAACUAAAGAAACAUAACUAUGUAAAACAGCAGGCUCAAACACACUUUAAUGUUCUGUAUUGCGACGCGCUGUGUUCUAUACACUGGUCUUGGUUCGCCUACCGUGUGUGUUAGAAGUUACCCGUUGAGGCGCGGGCAUCCCAGUGACCUGUUCAGGCCAGUGAUGCGGAGCCCUUUUGUGAGAUUAUAGCUGAUCUGACAGAUUACACGCAGCAAACUAUCACUUUUCAACUGUAUUAUUUUACUUCUAUAUUAAGAUGUGUUUUUAGUCGACACACGUCUAGUGUAAAAUGCCUUCACGGCUGGAGGUAUUCCGAGUGGGUUUGUCAGUCUUGAUAAUAACAGUCCGUUAUUGUAUCCCUGUAGGCAUUACAGAAAGGAAAAAAACAUCAACAACAAACACCAACAACAAACAAACAAACAAACAAAAAACAAACAAACCCACAACCAAAUGCAAUAUUGCACUAUUCACGGUACGAUAUAUAUGAUAUUUUUAUUAAUACUGGAUACUAUACUUCUAGUAGCAACCUAACAGAAUAUAUCUAUUGUUUCAGUUUGAUAUAUUAUUUGCUUUUAAAACUAGCAACCAGCAAUGUUUCACUAGUUGAGUCUGGUAUAUGUAUAUUCGUGUUACUGACGUAUCACUGUCUGGAUAUUUACCACGUACACAACAUUUACCGAGUUUUGCGGACGACAGUGAGUCACGCGUGCACGUGUCCUGUCGUGUUUACUUUGUUGUUACUUAAUUGUGAUUUUCAGUUAAACAGAAAUUGUAAGAUUGCUUUAUUUUGCCAAUAGCGAUAAACGUACCACCAUUAA